UAGUUUUGGAUUCUUUUCGAAAAAGGAGAAUUGGUCAAAGAAAAAAAAAAAAAAGACAGACGAAGACGAAGAAGAAGAAGAAGAUUGAACGUCUACGCAGACGCCAUUGGGAUAAAGUUUGAAUAGAGAUACAGAAAGCGAAUCGGUAUAUGCCUUAUGGAUCAUUUCUCUACCUAAAAGCUAUAUCGCGCGAUUGAUCCAUCCAUCCCUGACGAGAUCCAUUAUCACAAUGGAGGAUUCUACGGCCACGACGACUCAUCAUUAUUUCACCAUUUUCACGAACUACCCUCUCAUCUCCUCCCUCACGGCUUUCACCAUCGCUCAAUUCAUCAAACUCUUCACCUCCUGGUAUAGGGAAAGGAGAUGGGAUCUCAAACAGCUUAUUGGCUCUGGAGGAAUGCCUUCUUCUCAUUCAGCUACCGUUACUGCUCUCGCUGUUGCUAUUGGUUUACAAGAAGGCUUCGGUGGUUCUCAUUUCGCUAUUGCUUUGAUCUUAGCUUCUGUUGUGAUGUAUGAUGCUACUGGUGUGAGGUUACACGCUGGUCGCCAAGCUGAGGUUCUCAAUCAGAUUGUCUACGAACUUCCUGCAGAACAUCCCUUGGCUGAAAGCAGACCUUUGCGUGAACUUCUCGGCCAUACCCCUCCCCAGGUCAUUGCUGGUGGAAUGCUUGGAAGUGUCACAGCAGUCACUGGAUACUUGUUUACCAGGGUAGCUACUAGCUAACGUGAACGAACCAAUCAUAGACGCAACUCGCCUGCUUCAUUGCUUAGUGAAACCACUGGACAAUGGACAGAACCGAAGCAGAUUUUACAAUCAAAGCCUUAGUUUGAUUCACUACAUAUAUAAUCGUAUUCAUGAAUAUUCUAUUUGAAAUGUAAAGAAAACUUGAAACACCAUUACAAAAAAAAAAAAAUCUGUGAUAUUAUUUGGAAAUAAUAAAUAGAAUACAAAGAAUUUGUAGAGUAA